AUGUUGGUAAUCGCAGGACUACAGACCGCUAGCUAUAAUAUAUCGCUGAUGUACGCCUUGGUGUGGACCAUUAACAGUCACUAUGCCAGCGAUUCGUCGAAGCCCUUGACGAUCAUUGAGCUGGCAACGUGGGAAGAGAGUCGUGGACUACACAACGAUCUUAUAGAUGAUGUCUUGGCACUCGCAUCUGGUGCGGGACGCAUUAAAUUUCUGCUGGAGGGGGAACGCAUCGAUGAAACGGUCACAGUUCCAGUCACACUCAAAAAUGAUGCAGUUCCUCUGGAGCCAGCGGAUGCCUUGAAUAUGCAGACAACUGCAAUUUGGUUGCUGGACAGCAUUUGGGCUUUUUAUCGACUGGAGCGACGUCUCGUUCAGCUGGAUGGAUCCUUCAAAAGGAACGGCUACUAUUGCAUUGUUUAUACGGGUCAGGAACAGGAUCGUCUCGAUACCAUCAAGCUGAUAUUUCGCCGUCUCUUUGCCAUUUAUGUCAUCAAUGUGAAUGUAUUUCUCGAGGAUCGCCAGACGGGACAGGUUCAGGUCUACAACUAUUAUCCCUAUCGAUCGAAAGCCUGUCAGUCAUCGCAGCCGGUUCACUAUGCCACAUUCCAGGGUGGUUUGGGUGCAGCUCCUCUGAUCCAUGUGGACAAUCACACAUUGUUCUUCGACCACAAGCUGGAUGACAUGCACGGUUGUCCUCUGGUCACAGUUACCCUUCAGCAUCGACCUUUUGUGGUCCUCGACGAUACUCCUGCAGGACGAAGACUGCACGGCAUUGAAGGCAUGCUCUACCGUCUGCUCGCGGAGCGCAUGAAUUUCAGCAUUCAACUUGUGGAGCAAACCGAUCACGAUAGGGGCAUCGUCCUUCCCAAUGGCACUAUAACAGGGGCCAUGAGAAUGGUUGUCGAUGGGGAGGCCAACAUAACGUUCGGGGCCUUUAUGUACAACAAGGAGCGAGCCGUUUACAUGUUGCCCGCGAUCACGUACACGAGUUUCCCGAUCGUGCUCGUCGUGCCCGGAGGACAUCAGUUGACGCCGCUGCAGCGGCUGACGAAGCCUCUGGGAGAUUACGCCUGGUUGUGUGUAUGGAUAAGUGUUAUGCUCGGAUUCGGGUUGAUUGUAGUGCUGCAGGGAAUUGUGGCUGUGCCGCGACUGCGACGCUUUGUGCUCGGGGAGAACAAUCGGCUGCCGUGUCUGGCACUGUGGUGCACCUUGCUGGGUGCAGUGCAUCCGAAUCCGCCACGUCGCAACUUUGCCAGAUAUCUACUCCUUCUAUGGCUUCUACAGACAUUGGUACUACGCGCCGCCUACACCGGAGAAUUGUAUAUUCUGCUGCAAGAUGGCAGAAUGAGGACACCAUUGCGUAGUUUAGCCCAAGUGCUGGCCCAGAACUACAUAUUCCAUAUGCUGCCCACUUUGGAGAUCAUCUUUCGGGAUCUGGUGCCGGCGAGCAGAAUCGUUGUACUUCCCACGCUGUAUAAAUCGCUGGAACAGCUGCGGGAUGAUGAGGAUGAUGUCAUGCGGAUUGUGGUGCCUGUGCUGCAGCCCACUGUGGAUCGUUUCGAUGUCGACUCGGGACCGAAUAAAAAUCGUCUUACUGUCCUUCCCGAUCCUCUCAUCACCGCUCCCCUCACCAUCUUUAUGCGCCAGCAUUCGUAUCUGAAGCAGCGCAUCAAUAAGCUGCUCAUCAACAUGAUGUCCGCCGGUUUGGUUCAUCGCUUUCGGCGCAUUUAUCUGGACAGGAUUGAGCACAUGGCUCACGCCGGCAAACGGGAUCGGGAUCCCACCAAACUCACGCUCUGGCUGCUCGCCGGCAUCUUUGGCUCCUUUGCCAUUCUCCAGUUUAUCGCCUGCUUCGUUUUCAUUCUCGAAUUUUGCUCGGCAGCGCCGCAUCGUCAACGACUCCGGCGGUUCAUGGAUGCGGCCAAUCGCUAUGUGGCCUAA